GUGCAGUUUAAAAAUCGGGUUCGGGUUGUUGUCCAUUGACCGACUUAAACCUACUACUCUCUUCACACAUCACAACCACCGCCACCGCCACCACCCCCUCCCUCCUCAAAAAUCCAAUUCCCUAUUCCCCUCCCAACCCUAAAUUAUUCUCCACUCUCAUCUUCAAUGGCCACACCACCCUCACCCACCGCCUCCCCCUCGGUCUCCCCGGUCUCCACCACCGCCACCAAGAAGCCCCACCCGAUCCCCUGGACCCACGAAGAAACCGUCCACCUAAUCCAGGCCUACCAGGACAAAUGGUACGAGCUCCGCCGAGGUCAGCUCAAGGCCAGCCAAUGGGAGGAGGUCGCCGUCACCGUCGCCGCCCGCUGCGGCUACGACUACACCGAGCCCUCCAAGACAGCCACCCAGUGCCGCCACAAGAUGGAGAAGCUCCGCCAGCGUCACCGCUCCGUCAAGAAGCGCCUCGGCCUCAGCUUCGGGUCGGGUUGGCCCUACUUCGAUCUCAUGGAGCGGCUCGAACAGGGCCCCAUGCCCAUCUCCGCCAGACGGCCGUACCAGGAGGAGGAGGAGGACGACGAAGAAGCCGAAGAAGAAGAAGAAGAAGCGGAGGAUCGUGACGGCGAAGAAGAAGAAGAAGAAGAGGUUGAUGAGGAGGAAGAAGACAACUACAGGAAGUUGCAGAGUCUUGAUUACAUUCUGAGGAGACCUGCAAUUGUGAACAGAUUUUCUUCUGGAGCAAAAGAGGGCCACUUUCGGGACUCGGCGGCGGCGAAAAGGCCGAGGGAGGCCGCCGCAGACGACGACGGCUACUACGGCGAUGUGGUGGAUGGGCAGAGAGGAACAGAGAUGGUGGUGGAGCUGGCGACGGAGAUAAGGGGGUUUGCGAAAAGGCUGAUUGGGGUGGAGAAUAUGAGGAUGGAGAUCAUGAGGGAAACGGAGAGGUGUAGAUUAGAGAUGGAGAAUAAACGGAUUGAUAUGAUUCUUCAAUCGCAGCGCAAAAUUGUUGAUUCCAUCGACAGGGCUUUUGGGCUUGAUUGAAGGGGUUCAGUUCUGUUCGAUCUGAAUUGUUGUCUGUGGGUUUUGUUGUUUCAAUGUACAGUAACAACGUUGUUGUUGUGUUGUUCAAAUUGGAUUUGUAUAGUUAACGGUUGAACCCAAGAACCCAAUGAUGGUUCUGGUUCAUCUUGUUGAAGAUUCAGUCCUCUGAGAAGCAAUUACAAUCUUUUCUUUUCCAUUGAUCAA